CGUGCGUCGCGCUUCCUCAGGUGAAGAUGCCGUCCGACGGGAAUCAACCCUUGACACUUCAAUUUGGUCUGAUCAACCACGAAGGUCGCUACCUCACUGCAGAGAUGUUUGGCUUCAAGGUCAACGCAUCGGCUCCGAGUAUGAAAAGGAAGCAGAUCUGGACUCUAGAGCAGGACUCGCAGGACACUCGGGUAGUGUACCUACGCAGCCACCUCAGACGCUACCUGGCCUCCGACAAGGACGGCAAUGUGACCUGCGAGGGCGACGGGCGGCACUCAGACUGCCGCUUCCUCAUCGCGGCCCAGUCGGACGGUCGCUGGGCUCUUCAAUCCGAGCGGCACCUCCGGUUCUUCGGCGGCUCCAGGGACUACCUGUCCUGCUUCGCUCAGGGCAUCGGUGACGCCGAGCUGUGGGCAGUGCACCUGGCUCUGCACCCCCAGGCCAACCUGCUGUCGGUGGCCCGCAAGCGCUACGCCCGCCUCUCGGUGGAGGACGGCGAGAUCUCUGUGGAUAAGAACAUUCCCUGGGGGGUGGCCUCAGUCCUGACUCUCGUCUACCAGAACGGCAAGUACUGCCUGAAGACCUGCGACAGUCGCUUUCUCGGCAAUGACGGGAAGCUCGUGAAUCACAGCGACAGGACCACGACAUACACGCUGGAGCUCAAGUGUGGAAAGUUAGCGUUCAAAGACUGCGAGGGGAAGUACCUGUCGCCCAUGGGCCCCGCCGGGACCUUGAGGUCCGGCCGCUGCUCGAAGCCGGGCAAAGAUGAACUCUUUGACCUGGAGGCCAGCCACCCGCAGGUGGUUCUGAAGGCAGCCAAUGGGAAAUACAUCUCCACGAGGCAAGGAGGAAGCCUCGCCGCCAACCAGGAAGAUGAGACGGACAUGGAGUCGUUUCAGAUGGAGAUGGACAAGGAGAGCGGGAAGUGUACUUUUCGCACCGUGCGAGGGAACUACUGGGCGCUGGUGGCCCACGGGUGCAUCCAGAGCACAGCCUCACAAGUUUCAGCAAAUACCAUGUUCGCAAUGGAGUGGCUUGGUCACAAGAUGGCGAUAAAAGCUAACAAUGGAAAAUACAUCUGCACCAAGAAGAAUGGACAGUUAUUGGCGAUCAGUGAUACCAUUGGGGAGCACGAACAGCUCAGCCUGAAACUGAUCAACCGGCCCUCGCUGAUCCUACGAGGGGAGAACGGCUUCAUCUGCCACCACAAGAACUCCAACACCCUGGACGCCGGAAGAUCCGUUUACGACGUUUUCAGCCUGCAAUUCAGCAACGGCGCCCAUCAUAUUAAAGGUGUGAACGGUCGCUUCUGGUACGUCAACAGCGCCGGUUUGGUAUGCUCGGACGGCGAAGCCCCCGAGGAUUUCGCCGUGGAGCUGCCGGAGCGCGGCCGCCUCGCCAUCCGGAGCGCCAGCGGCCGGUACCUGCGUGGGGACCGAGGAGGCACGCUUAAAGCGGACGGACUCAGCUUGAGCAGCUCGGCUUUGUGGGAGUAUUAAUAACGGGGGAGAGAAAAUACCUGUGACCUCGCUGAUGGUUCCGUCGUCAUGGAAACAGCAGUGUCUAGAAAUUGAACUUUAAGGUACAAUAUAGAUGGAUUUUGCAAAGAGGCCCUUAUGCUUUUAUUCCAAUUAAUAUUUGUGAAGUAGUAAUUCAAAUGGCUGCCUCGCGUCAUGAUUGACCCUUUGGAAAUAAACCUUGAGCAUAUUUAUUUCGGGCCGCAGCUGUAUAGCCCGCCAUCUCUCCUGAUCCUUCCUUCGACACUUGCCACUCAUGGGGGGGGUCAUUGGAGAAAGACACAUGGAGGUCACCUUGUAGACAGUCCCUCAUUAGUGUGGUACAACUGUCCCAGGGUGUUUAUUAGCAGAUCAGAUCUGGUUUCGAGGAACAGGGGAGGACGGCUACUGUACUGUAACCAACGCACGUGCACUCCAAUGCUAGCAAGAGAAUAAUUGCAGCCCUUUUUUUUUUUUUGACGUUUCAGUACAUUUUUAUACUUUUGGGGCGGAAUUUGGACAAUGGAGGGCUCGAUUUUGGUUGUUUGGUCACAUUUUAAUGCUUCGUUUCCCCUUUUCCGAGUUACAAAGGAGCGCAGCUUUUCUUUUUAAAAUUACUAGAUUUUUUUUUUCAGCGAUUGCGACAUGUGACUACAAGUGCACUAAACAGUAACAGCAGUAAGAGGUCAUAUAUAAGUUAUUUCGGCUUCAGAAUAAUAGCCAAAACAAAGAAACGCG